CUUCAGGGUGCGCGCACGAGAUGCUCCGCAGCGCGAGACGGACGAACGUAUAAUCUGCGCGCUCACGACAGGAACGGAUUUGCUGUCCUACACGAGUAGUAGCAGCAGCAGCAGCAGCAGCAGCAGCAGCAGCAGCAGCGCACUAGUAAUAUCAGCGAUCGAAAAGGGGUCUAACCGAUUCCGCGAUCACUUGACAUUCUUGUGCAAAGAAGGCGUGAGAAAGUGUGCGAUGACCAUGGAUGUGAUGUUCGACCUCUCCUUUGUAGUGCCCGCGGUUUUAUUCACUAUUCUUGCAGUGAUCUUAGCCUCAUCGCUUCUCGGCAAGAACCGCGCUCCAGUCCCCAAGUGCGACCACCAGCGUGUGCACGACGCUCCCGCCGAGCGUGUCCCAGCAGAAGAUGAAAUCCGCGGCGAAGUGAGGCAGGCUGCUGCCCCUCGAGAAGAAGUUCAAGAAGUUCAGGCAGAAGCGGAGACUGGCGUCACAGGGGGCGAUGAAGAGGAGCCGGAGGCGACGGCAGGGCCCCCUGUGGUGGAGAACGUGGGAGCUGUCAAAGAGGAGCCCCUCGGCGAAGCCAGGACGAAGGACGACGGACAGGAGACCAUCUUAAAACCAGUAUCUGCACCUACAUGGAAGGAGGAACCCAAUGCUGAACCCAUGCUUGCACCUGUCCUAGAGAGCCUGCCUCCCCCUGACACUGAGAAAGAAAUCAAUGCUGAAGCUACCCCUACAGCCACUUCUGGAACAGUGCCACCCUCUCAACCUGAACAAGACCCUCUCUCUGAGCCUACUGCAUCUGCUAGUUCUGAAUUACAGACUCUUACAGUGCUCACCCCUCAGUCCACAUUUGAACCUUGCCCUGAACAGAUCCCAGAAUCAUCCCAGCUCCCCCUCCAAGAGAUUGCAGCAGAGUCCAGUCCAGUGAAGGUGCCAACCAUGAGAAAUAAUGAUGCAGCACCACCUUUGUCACAAGAGGAGGAAGAAGCUCUGAAGUAUGUCCCUGGGAAGCUUAGAACUAGCCAGUUUGAGAAGCUAAUGACCAAGGAAGAGUUGGAGGAGGAGCAAAGGGUACAAAAGGAACAACUGGCUGCCAUUUUUCAGCUAUUGAGAGACAACAAGGAGACCUUUGGAGAGGUUACAGAGGUGGACGUGGAGGAACAGCUCAAACUCUACUCCAUCUAGACCCCGAUGCCCUUUACCAAAAGUAACAUGGAAAGGAGGGACUGGUAUGAAAGUAGGAGCUGGUGUCAGUGGGAAUGCAAAGGCCAUAAGAUAAGACUUGAACGGUGGUUCAAUCCUUACAGUGGACCUGUGAAUAUAUAUUUUGGGGUGGUGGUCACAGACUUUAGUUCCAGCUACUGUUUUUUUCCUGCUUAUUCAAAGUACAUUCACAGUAGAGAAAAGAUCAAAUUUGCUAUAAUGUAAAUGCAAUUAAAGGGUUUUUCUGAUUCAUGAAAAUAUCAGGCUACUGAGAAUAUCAUGAAAAUGCUGAGUGUUUGGUGUAUUCUUGCUAGAACUGUAACGAGUAGAGUGUACCGAUGUCGUCAGCAAGGUCUUUGAAUGGAACUGGGACCUUUUACCUGUUCUGUUGACAGUUUGAUGGAGAAAAAUAAGUACAUAUCAGUUAUUAGGGGAGUACAUCACUAACUUCUGGUGGAAUUUGAAACGGUGUUAAUUUCGCACUGAUCCGCUGUCCCUUUUUUUAAAAAAAUAGACGUGUGUGUGUGUGUGUGUGUGUAGACUGGACUAUUAGGUACAAGAUGAUAUGCUUUCAUUAGUCAGCAUUAGCCUCAUGCUUUGUGCACAUGCUAUGAAGAACAGUAACAGCACAUUAGUUUGUGCAAAUGGAUAUAAAACUCUUGACAUUCCUCUUAGCUUGCAUAUUUUACACAAAACCCAGUCAGCAGUUGUCGUCAAAUUUGUUGGCAUCCAAGCAAUUGUAAUCAUGUAUCUUAACAUUAAACAAAUAGUGCUAAUUUUAUUAGUUUCACUGACAACUUUAAAUUUGAAUUUUUUUAAAAAAAUCAAAGCUUAGCAUUUUGUAUAGAAAAAAGCUUGGACAAAAUUAUUGGGACCCAAAAUUCAGUACUUAGUUGCACAACCCCUGACUGCUUCUUAUAAAAAUUAGUUUUGUCCUUCCUUUGUAUUUAUGUCCUUCCAUAGAAAUUUUUCCUCACUCUUCAACUGCAAAUAUUUCUUAUUCUUCAACUCCUCAAAUGUUGGACCUGACAUGUUGAUCCAAAAUGAGCUCUAACAUUUUCAGGUUUCACAAUGCCACAUACAUAUAUUCAUUGCCCCAGUCCCAGAGGCAACCGAGCAACCCUGUGGCAUUGUGAAAUUGAAACUGGAUCUCAGUCAAAGGUCCAGAGUAUUUCAGCAGAAUAAUGAUGCAAAACAUAAAUCCAAAAUCAUUCAGGAAUGAUGCAGCAAGUAAUUGACUGAUUCUUUGAUGCCAAUGAUUUUGUCCAAGCCUUUUUUUUCU